GAAAAACCUGAAAAAGCAACAAUAAUAAAGCUCUUUCUUUCCCUUGUGGCUUGUGGUCGGAAUCGCUGGAGAAGAGAUCGAAGCUUUGAAGGCGACUCCCAAUAAAUCAGGAGGCGAGAGAGGAUGAGCUACGCGUUACCAAAUCUAAGCUCAAAGAGAGAGGUAGACAGUAUUAUAAGGGACACCCUGGAUAGAGUCCUCGUCCUCCGCUUCGGCCGCUGCUCUGAUCCCAUCUGCCUCCAGCUCGACGACAUCCUCGCAAAAUCCUCAAGAGACAUCUCGAAGUUCGGCGUUGUAGCGUUGGUAGAUAUGGAUGCAGAGGAGGUGCAGGUUUAUGUCAAGUACUUCGAUAUUACGCUGAUACCGUCCACUGUCUUCUUCUUCAAUGCGCAUCAUAUGAAGAUGGACUCUGGGACUGCUGAUCAUACUAAAUGGAUUGGCUCUUUCCACUACAAACAGGAUUUUAUUGAUGUUGUAGAGGCUAUAUUUAGAGGGGCAAUGAAAGGUAAGCUGAUAGUCAGCUGCCCACUCCCACCAGAGAGAAUACCCAGAUUCCAGCUUCUUUUCAAAGAUUUGUAAUCACUGUUAUAUCAUAUAAUUGAAGCUUUACUUUUUUACCCAAGACAGACAAUCUGUAUAUAAAAAAACUGUAUCGAUUGAUUCUGAGAUGUACACUAAAGUAUCCACCAAAAUCUGUUAUUGGCUUUUUAACUACUACCUUUUCGUUCUCCCCUGAAAGAUGCAUCUCAUGUUACUUUACCGGAUUGGAUCAUUGCCAAUUUGCCAUGUAGUUACAUAUGUAUUUUUAGGGCAAUGAGAACAAGGUGUCAAAAAAAAUGUUGGCAGUUUA